AUGGACGUGAUCGAGAAAUCCCGCAACACUCACCUCGAAUCUUCCAACGAGGAUACUUCCAAGGGGGAAGCUUAUGGCCUCGAACAUGCGCCUGAACUUCAAUCCCAGGCAAAGAAACUUAUCAACCCCCUUCAUGGUUUUACCAAAGAGCAGGUUCUUGCAGAUGUCGAGGAAUUCUGUAAGGAGAAGAAUCUCGAUGAUAAAGUUGACGUAUUCAAGCGGGGUGCACUGAUUGCUCAGCGACCCACCGAAUAUGAAGAUAUUCCAGAAUUGACCGAAGAUGACUUGCACUGGCUAAGAAAAGCCAGCCGAAGCAAAUGGUCUCAUCCCAAAAUGCUUUACUUCACUGUCAUUGUUUGCGCCAUUGGUGCAGCCACUCAAGGAUGGGAUCAAACAGGAUCAAACGGAGCAAACUUGUCUUUCCCAGCCGAAUUUGGCAUUGCUCGACCCGUUGGAACUGCCGAAGGAAACAGCGAUGAAUGGAAAGUCGGAUUCGUCAAUGCUGCUCCUUACAUUGCUUCGGCGGUAUGUGGUUGUUGGUUAUCCGAUCCCCUCAAUCAUUUCUUUGGUCGACGAGGUGAAAUUUUCAUCACCUCCCUCAUCCUUAUUGCUACGCCCAUUGCCUCUGGUUUCACUCACUCUUGGCAAGCUUUGGCUGCUGUACGUCUGGUUCUGGGAGUUGGUAUGGGAGCUAAAGCUUCCACCGUUCCAAUGUACGCUGCCGAACUUGCCCCUGCCAACAUCCGAGGCGCUCUUGUCAUGGGAUGGCAAUUGUGGACUGCUUUCGGUAUUUUCCUUGGGUUCGCUGCCAACGCUGUUGUGAAGGAUGUAGGCGCCAUUGCUUGGAGGUUACAACUUGGAUCAGCCUUCAUUCCUGCUCUUCCCUUGGCUAUCCUCAUCUUCUUUUGCCCCGAAUCUCCUCGAUGGUUGAUGAAGAAAGGUCGAUACGCUCACGCCUUUGCCGCCAUGACUCGACUCAGACACACCGAAGUCCUCGCCGCCCGUGACUUGUAUUACGCACACGUACAACUGAUGGAAGAGAACAAGAUUGUACAAGGUAAAACGUACUUCUCUCGAUUCGCUGAACUAUUCACUAUUCCUCGUGUUCGACGAGGUACUUUGGCUGCCAGUACUGUCAUGUUGGCGCAACAAAUGUGCGGUAUCAACAUCAUCGCAUUCUAUUCCAGUACAAUCUUCGUCGAAUCCGGUUACUCUGCAUCUCAAGCGCUUUUCGCUUCCCUCGGGUUCGGUGCUGUCAAUUUCUUAUUUGCGUUCCCGGCCGUUUUUACAAUCGAUACUUUCGGACGUCGAUCUCUCCUCUUGGCCACGUUCCCAAACAUGGCCUGGACUUUACUCGCUGCUGGUAUGAUGUUCUUCAUCCCCGCUACAGAGGAGAACAAAGUUAUGCGUACCGGUUUGAUCGCCUUCUUCAUCUACCUUUUCGCCGCAUUCUACAGUGUUGGAGAAGGACCUGUUCCAUUCAUGUACUCUGCUGAAGUCUUCCCUCUUCCUCAGCGUGAGCAAGGUAUGGCAUGGUCUGUCACCGUCUGUCUUGGUUUCUCUUCCAUUUUGAGUUUGACGUUCCCCCGAAUGCUCCGAGCUUUGACUGCCCAAGGUGCUUUCGGCACUUAUGCUGCUUUCAACGUCAUUGCUCUGAUUCUCAUUUUCUUCUUUGUACCGGAAACGAAACAAUUGACCCUUGAAGAAUUGGAUGCUGUGUUCUCUGUGCCUACCGCAACUUUCUCAAAGUACCAAACAGGUACUGUUCUCCCCCACUGGAUCCGAAGAUGGAUCUUUUUUAGACGAGGAGAAGAAUGCCCUCCUCUAGUCAUCGCUGAUGACUACGUAAACAACGCUUAA